AGUGCUCCGGGGGGACAGGGCUGUGCACUCCGGUGGAUCAAAGCAAGUUCGAUAGAAUGCGGUUUCACCUAUAACGCGGAUCCUGGAAUUGAGAGAGAACUCAUGCUGAUAUCAUGUCUGGUGGUCAUUCCUUUAGAGCAGCUGGCAUCAUGGCUCAUCACCGGGAAAUGUUGUUUUGCCAUGGUUAGGCUGCACUCUGGCUUCCUUGGAGACCUAGGAACAGCAGACACCGGGAAGCGUUUGGCAGCUGUGGAACCUGAAAGUACUACUGUCAAGCUGCUACAGGCUUUAAACUGUGCUCACUCUCUGCCACGGGAAUACUACAGACUUGAAAAAAUGAAAUCAAGAAGCUUUUGGUCACGUCUGGUGUUGCUUGAGGUUUUCCUAUCCGUCACUUGGGGGUGGAUGGAAUCGGACAGGAUCAGAAGGUUUUAUGCGGAUGCAGGGAGGUUGCAACAAAAGGAAUCCAGAAGCUUUGAAGGCACAAGAAGAAAAGUGCUUUAUGGGCAAGAUGGCCUACAUGCAUCAUGUGAAAAAAAGUACUGUGGCCGGGGAAGUAAGUGUGUUGUUAACAAGGAGACUAAUCAACCUGAAUGCAAAUGCCUGGAAGACUGCAAGCCCAGUUAUAUGCCAGUAUGUGGAUCUGAUGGCAAAUUUUAUGAAAAUCACUGUGAAGUCCACCGAGCCUCAUGCUUGCAGAGGAAGAAAAUCUACAUUAUCCACAGCAAAGACUGUUUCUUCAAAGGUGACACUUGCACAAUGGCAGACUACAGCCGUCUUAAAAGCAUGCUCCUGGACCUUCAAGCUCAUCACCACAGCCAGCUGAGCAGCCCUGUAGAGAACAGAACAUCCCAGAAGCGCUUGUUAGUUGAAGACAUCUUUAAAUACUUGGAUAUAAACAGUGACGGACACCUCAGCAGCUCUGAACUGGCUCAGCUAAUGGAGAAAGAAGCUCUAGAAGAUGAUUUCUUGGAUUGCACGCUGGAAGAUCUUCUCCGAUUUGAUGAUUACAACAAUGAUGGUUACUUAACCCUGCAGGAACUCUAUACUGCAUUCCAGGUGGUUCAACUCACUCUUCCGGAGGAACAGAAGAUUAGCAUUACCACAGUAACAGUCGGACUGAGUGCUGUACUGACAUGUGCCAUCCACGGAACCCUUAAGCCCCCAAUUAUCUGGAAACGCAACGGAAUCAUACUGAACUUCUUAGAUUUGGAAGAUAUCAAUGAUUUUGGAGAAGAUGAUUCCCUCUACAUCACCAAGGUAACAACUAUUCACAUGGGCAAUUACACCUGUCAUGCCUACGGCUAUGAAGAGCUAUAUCAGACCCACAUCCUUCAGGUGAAUGUGCCACCAGUGAUUCGUGUAUAUCCUGAAACUCAGGCACAGGAACCUGGCGUAUCCGCAAGUCUCAAAUGUCAUGCUGAAGGCAUUCCUAAUCCCAGAAUUACCUGGCUAAAAAAUGGUAUUGAUAUCAUUCCAAAAUUAUCCAAACAACUAACACUCUUAGCAAAUGGAAGUGAACUUCAUAUCAGUAAUGUUCGAUAUGAAGACACCGGUGCCUACACAUGCAUUGCUAAAAAUGAAGUGGGAGUGGAUGAGGACAUAUCUUCUCUUUUCAUCGAAGAUUCAGCCAGAAAGACUCUUGCAAACAUACUGUGGCGAGAGGAAGGCCUAAGUGUGGGAAACAUGUUUUAUGUCUUUUCCAAUGAUGGGAUCACAGUCAUUCAGCCAAACGAAUGUGAGAUCCAAAGACAUAUCAAACCCAGUGAGAGGAUUUUUACAAGUUAUGAAGAGAUCUGUCCUAAAGUUGAAGGUGGACCUCUUCAGUCUUGCCUCUGGGCUUCAGCUGUCAAUGUCAGAGACAAGUAUAUUUAUGUGACACAGCCCAAGCAAAACAGAUUAAUGAUCAUGGAUAUCCAGACACAGAAAGUCAUGCAGUCUAUGGAUGUUGACCCCCUACCAGCCAAAUUACAUUAUGAUAAAUCACAUGACCAAGUCUGGGUCCUUAGCUGGGGGAACAUGCAGAAGUCCCAUCCAACGCUGCAGGUAAUAUCAGAGGCAAGUGCAGGGGAAAAUCAGCAUAUCAUCCGCACGCCAUUUGAAGAUGUGGAUGAUUUUUUCAUACCACCUACAAAUCUUAUUAUUAAUCACAUUAGGUUCGGUUUCAUCUUUAACAAAUCGAAAUCUGCAGUUCACAAAAUUGACCUGGAAACUGUGACCCACAUCAAGACGAUCAGCUUCAAAAACUAUAGCUGCAAACCACAGAGCAUGGCCUAUACCCAUUUGGGCGGCUACUUCUUUGUCCAAUGUAAAAAUAAUACAUCAAUAUUAACAUCUCCUCAGCUCAUUAUUGACAGCGUUACAGAUUCUGUGAUUGGCCCUAACAGUGACAUAUCGGGUACACCCUAUAUUUCCCCUGAUGGACGCUAUUUGGUCAGUGCAGCUGAAGACAGUGGCAGGAUUAAAGUCCAGGCAAUAACCAUCCAAGGGGAAAUCAAGUUGAUUUAUGACUUACAAACAAAUGUACAUGUAUCUGAUCUGACAUUUCAACCCUCUUUCACUGAAGGCAAUCAGUACUAUAUAUAUGCUACGUCACAUUUCCAAACAGAUGUGCUUUUUGUAGAGCUGUCGACAGGGAAAAUGAAUGUACUGAAGAAUUUAAAGGACCCUAUCAUGUCCAAAGACUGGCCCUGGAGCAGCUACAACCGAAUUAUGAAAGACAGUGGAUUAUUUGGACAGUAUCUUAUUACACCAGCUAAGAAUUCACUGUUUGUUAUUAAUGGGAGACAAAACACAUUACACUGUGAGGUUUCAGGUAUCAGGAGGGGUAACACAGUGGUCUGGGUUGGAGAAGUAUGAAAGGGCACAAAAGUAAGAGCCUGCAGCAGACAAGUAUUGAUUGGACCUUACACUGCAACAAAUAGGCAGUAGCAUUGUAUAUUUUUACACUGGGGAAAGAACCUGUAUAAGCUUCAUGGUGCAACACUGGUCUACUUGCAAGUUUUAUAGUAUAAGGUAUGCUCUGCUAAUAGAAAUUAGGUUGUGUUGGGAUAUUUUUUGGAAGUAUGAUUUACGGCUUGGCUUAUGAAAAGAAUGUACACCUGGAAAGAGAAUAAUUUCUCCACCGAGGUAUUGAAUAAGCUGCAUAACUUGAUGAUUCUGUAGAACAAAACAGCUUCUGAGUUUCAGUACUGAUGAGUCUCUAAGUUAUGUUGAAGUCAUCAGUUUUCUUUCAGUCAGUCUAACUUCAAAUCACCUGUACUUCUGACUGUGGGGCCCUGAUUAUACUGCCCUUAACAUUGCCUGGACAUGUAAGCAGUAAAAACACAUUUAAAACUGCCCUGUGUAUAAGAAAAAUAAAUCACGGAGAGCAGUUUUCAAAAUGCAGACAUCUAGGUGAGAAAUUUAAUGGAAAAUGAUCAGUUUCCUUUGAGGGAUGGUGUUAGAAGAAUUCUUUGAUGUAAUUUCAGAACCAAACAUGACAGAAGUAUCUACAGUCAGCUAUCUUUUUUUUUUUCUUUUCUCUCUUUUGCUAUUGGAAUACCGAGAGGAAUGCAGUAGUAUCACCUCUUCCAGGGUGUAUAAAGAACAUCAUCUGAUUGUAUUUAAGAAUCUUCUUAGUGGAAAAAUUGGGGAUGGGAAGGUGACUUUGAAAGUCAGAAAACACUGGUAGUCAGAUAUGCAGAAUCUAUCCUAUCAGGAGAUAAAGCACUCUUCCUUCAGUACCAUGUGACUCAAGUCAGAUAGGACAUAGUGUGAAAAAUCAUUUCCUGCUUACCAGAUAGCAUACUGGCCGGGGUUGUUCCCAAUGUAGGCAAAAACAUUUCUAGAAAUUAUUCAUUUCCCUCAUUAGCAAUUUACCAACACUGAAGUGACUUAGUUCUUCAUAAAACAAUGGCUACAUAUCCAACUCCAUCUCCAGUAGUUUCAGUAAUGUAUUUUUAAAAAAGCAUUAACCCAUUAGAAUUGUAGUCUUAAUUUACAUGUCUCUCAUCAAAGAUUCUGGAAAAUAUUAUUUUUGUGUUGCCUUUUCCCUCCCAUUUAUAUUAUACUUCUUUAUCUUCAAUUACCAUUUAGUUAUGAACAAUGAGAUUAAUAUAAAAACCAAAUAAAUUACCACAGAAUGCAACAGCUGGCAGUGAGAAAGUUAAAUAAAUGGAGAUAUCCUAUCUCCUAGAACUGGAAUGGACCUUGAAAGGUCAUUGAGUCCAGCCCCCUGCCUUCACUAGCAGGCCCAAGUACUGAUUUUUGCCCCAGAUCCCUAAGUGGCCCCCUCAAGGAUUGAAUUCACAACCCUGGGUUUAGCAGGCCAAUGCUCAAAGCACUGAGCUAUCCCUCCCCCAUCCCUCCCCCUAAGUUGAUUUCCCAUAAAAAUGAACAUCCAUUUGCACUUUUAUAGACAUAUAAAAAGCUUUUGUCCAGUUCCAUUUAGUAGCUUUCAGUGUUCACCAUCAUGAAAUAAUCAGGACAAGUGUAGUUAUGGGUAACUUUUCAAAAUGGUGCAAGCCAGGCAAGUACUAUUAAAAAAAGUAAGAAAUGAGCAGCUAAAUCUCACACACUGCUUUGAAAAUGUAAUCUUGAUAUUCGUGCAAACUUCCUUUUCUAGGGACAGCAUCUGUUACAUCAUAGCAGUUGGCCUUUUGAAUUACAUGAAAGUAUAACUAUGCUCUAGCAUGACCUUGACUGCCCAAAGUUUAUACAAAAGCAGUUGUUGAAUAUAUACGGUGAUACUUAAAGGUGCAGUAACUAUUUUCUAACAUAGAUGUUUGUCACCCUCAUAAAAAAAGGAUUUUAAAUAGGAAGGACACUGAGUAACACUGAUAACAUUGCUUUAAGCAUUAGCUUUUACUGAAAGAGUUGCAUUUUAGGCUGGCUGUAGACAUCAAGUAAGUUAUAACCAUCUUAGUUCUCUAAUGAUUAGUAUAAAUCUGUUUGGACAGACGAAAAAAAGGCAAUGAAUCCUAUGAAUUCAUUAGAUAUGAAAUCCUUUAAAUUGCCCUUUUACAUCGAGAGGAUGAAACCUACAUAUUUUCUCUUAUGAGCCAUAAAGGUUAGAAGACAUUAGCCCAUCAUUAAAACAUGGACAUCCCUUCAUUUAGAAAUGCAUGGUGCUCAUGGUUCUCUACUCAUCUAGUGAGGAAACAUACAAGUGUAAGGAAAGGAGGAGAUCAACUUUGUAAGUACUUUUAAAUAUGCACAACUCCUUUCUAGAACAAAGCUGUAUUCAUACAUUGCACUCAUCCUAAACGUCUUUUAGUAGGCCAGACCACUGCGCUAGUGUUAUCUUUUAUGACUUCUUGUAUAUUUUAUUAUGCCUAUUGUAAGUUUCCUUGUAGAGAAGUUCAUUGUGUCAUAGAUCAAGCAAAUAUUACUUUUUUAAGAAUAUUUUAAAAAAAUUGUAAAUAUCUGUUCAGGUAAAUAUUCUUACAACUGGUGUAUAUAGGCUGUGAAGGAUGUGUAAUAGCCCUCACGUCUUUCUGUUUGUCUCAAAAUAUUGAACUAGAGGUCACUCAGACUCCCCCUUUUACCUUCCAAAGAUGCUCUCAUUUUUCCUUCUGCAGCCCAAGUUCUGGUGACGUGUUUUCUAAAUUAUCCUAAUGGUUAUAUCAUACUUACUUAGACAAUGAAGUACAAUUUAGAUUGUCCAUGCUGCUUGUGAACAGUUCCAGUCAUGGUCAAUCUAACAUUAAAGUGCUGCACAUUUGUUAUUCUGAGGUUUUUUUCUUAUGCCACAAAGAUCACCCUUUUCUCUGUACCAGAAAGGUUUAACUUGUGUUUGCCUUUGAUUGCAAGCAUAUUAAAUCUUCUUGAUUGCA